ACUCACUCUCCACACACACGCCGACCAGCCAUGGCAAAGGACGCUGCGGACACGCCCUUCUUCCAGAAACGGAAAUCGGAGGGCCAUAUCGUCGUCAGAGAUCCCCCGAAGUUCGACCUUGAAUCGUACAUAUCCAACUACGAUGGCUUCACACGCGCCGACCGCCUCCGCCACAUUGGCUCGCACUCCACAUACCUCGCCGUCGACGCCUACCGAACCGCAAUCGCAGAGGCGAAGCGCGGCAAGAACGUGAAGCUGUACUGCGACCUGGUGGAGGAGCUCGCCCAGAUUGCCCCCGAGGAUCCAGCCGCUCUGACGGACACGACAUGGGCGACGGAGAAGACGAAGAAGGUCGAGGCGGAGAAGGACAAGCUGGAGCACGAGCUGAAGUCUUACAAAAACAACAUGAUCAAGGAGAGCAUACGCAUGGGCAACGAAGACAUGGGCCACUUCUAUUACGCCGCCGGCGAAUACAGCAACGCACACAAGGCCUACAUGCGCAUGCGUGAGCACUGCACCUCGCCCAAGCACCUCGCCGACAUGACGCUGCGUCUCCUCCUCGUCAGCAUAGCACAAAAGUCGUGGCUCACUGUGCAAUCGCACAUUGCAAAGCUCGAUUCCACACAAGUCAAGGGCGACGAGAAGGCCAAGCUUGAGCCCAUCAUAUCGGCAUGUGCAGGCCUGGCGCACAUGGGAGCCGCCAACUACCGCGAGGCCGCAACCGCCUUCAUCAACACGUCACCCGCCUUCCUCACCGCCGAGCCGGUCGCAGGGAUAACAUGGCAGCGUGAGGUCAUCACAGGUAACGACAUUGCCGUCUACGGCGGCCUCUGUGCCCUCGCCUCCAUGGACCGCAGCCAGCUCAAAGACCGCGUCCUCGACAACAACGAUUUCCGCAACUUCCUCGAGCUCGAGCCCCACAUCCGGCGUGCCAUCAACCUCUUCUGCGCAUCCAAGUACUCGGCCUGCCUCGAGGUCCUCGAAAACUACCGCACCGACUACCUCCUCGACGUCUACUUCUCUAAGGACCUGUCCAACAUCUACGGCCUCAUCCGCCGGAAGAGCAUCGUCCAGUACUUCAUCCCCUUCAGCUGCGUCACGCUCGACGAGAUGGCGGCAAAGUUUCAGACGGCCGGCGGCGACUACGCCACUAUCGAAGACGAGCUCGAGGCCAUGAUCAACAGCGGCACCCUCGACGCUCGUAUCGACCUCGUCGACCGCCUCCUCAUUUCCCCGCCUACUAAUCCGCGCUACACCGUGCACGCCGACGCCCUCGCCAUGGCACAGUCGUACGACCACACCCUGCGCCUGCGCCUCACGCGCCUGAACAUGAUGGCGGCGGGCUUCGAGGUGCGGCAGGACAAGGGCGGCCCGAAAGAAGGCGGAUUAAAGGACAACUCGUUUGGCGAGGGGAUCAGCGCGGGCUUGCGCGGCAUCGGGUCAAAAAUGGGCUUCUCGUAGGACGCGAAGCCUAUACAGCCUCCGUGGCGCAGAGAGUGAUGGUGGUGUGCGUAGGGGGUGCUUUCGGUUCGAGCAUAGACGGAGUGGCAUUUGCAGGCGUUAGGGUGCAGAGUUACGACGUGACGUGACAUGACGGGGCUUGCUUGUUCCCCACGGCGUUAUCACGGUUAGCGAUUCAUGGUGACGGUGGGGAUGGAGGCGGGAGUGUGCUUUCUCAACCAAGAAGAGGCACCGGGCUGCUAGGUAGCGAAUGAAUAUACAAUACGCAUGCCUGACCCAGUGCCCUUGGCUGUCUCUCGAACGCCGA